ACCGCGCCGCUUGACGAACGUCUCAUGUGGAUUUACACCAAUUUUCAUAAACUACUCGUAAACCUUAAGAUUUACGCGUGCACAAGUGCGAUAGAGCAUCAUAAGGUCCCGCGAUAUCUUAAGACUAAACGCUAUUAGUAUAUAAAGCACAUUCCUAUGAUGCUAGAAGACCUUCACAACGGAACGAUGGACAACGAUUCCAGCGAGAGUGAAGAGGCCGACCGUCCGACCAAUAUAGUCAUCUUUCCGUGCAAACUGCUUAGGAAAUUCAUACAUCUGUACAAAGAGCAGCGCUGCCUAUGGGACCGGACAAGUUUCGUGUACAAACAAAAGCAAAAGCGGCACGAAGCUAUUACGAAGCUGACGAAGUUAGUGCAAGAGCACGAACCCAGUGCAACACGAGUGCACGUAUUGAGGAAGAUAGAAAGCUUGCGCGCGUGCGUGCGACGCGAACACAAACGGGUGCUAGACAGCCGACGGAUCGCGACUAACCCCGACGAAAUAUACAAGCCCCACCUUUGGUACUACGAUCUGUUUUCAUUCAUGUUCGAGGAUAACAGCUAUAACGCAGCAAAAGCGGAGGAUAAAGGCAGCAAAACGCAACAGGCGGGCGUCGCGGGAUCUGAAGAAGAGGAAGAAGGACAACCAGUGUACGAAGAAGAGCCUCACGAAUUUGAACAUUCGGUAGACCCAUCAGAUUACAGCUUAGCAACCAGUAUGGUGGAAGUGUCAGACAAUAGCAAACGCUAUUCGGACGUUGACGACGAUGGAAAAACCAAGCGACUAUGUGCAGAUGUACUGGACGAAUAUGAUGCUAUUGGUAUAAACGUAGCUGCAAAGCUUCGAAAUCUUCCACCCAACAUGAGGAUCGUAGCGGAGAAACUGAUAAAUGACGUACUCUUCCAAGCCCAGCUGAAUGGACUCAACUCUUCCACAGUGAUCAUCACUGCAGACCCUUUCAAACAAGACCCCAUGUAGAUAUAUUUUUGACUUCUUUUUUAUAAAAACACCGGUCUUCGGAUGUAUGUAUUAUUAAACAGAACGACCAGGGGGGUUAAAAUGGCCACAUCGAAGCAAUUCAUCUAAGAAAGCAAUAUUGCAAUUUGACAUAAGCGCAUAUAAAAGUAAGUGCGCAGUGCAAACAAAUGACAUAUUGCUUUCUUAGAUGAAUUGCUUCAAUGUGGUAAUUUUAACCCCCCCCCCCCCCCC